AUGGGAUCAACACUAUCACCGCUAACAACAACGACAUUGACUACAGCAUCAACAAUAUCUACCAUUACUGCCCAUCAGUCAGGAUGGUCUAAUACUGGCAACAUGAGUAGUAAACGAAGUUAUCAUGCAGCAUCUUUAUUAACAAAUGGAAAAGUCUUAGUUGUUGGUGGAUAUAAUCUUGAUGAUGGUUAUCUAAAUAAUAGUGAAUUGUAUGAUCCAUCAACAGGAACUUGGACAGCUACUGGUAAUAUGCAUAUCGACCGAUAUCAUCACACAUCAUCUGUAUUACCAGAUGGAAAAGUCUUAGUUGCUGGUGGAUUUAGACAUGGUUCUUGGAUAAAUAGUAGUGAAUUGUAUGAUCCAUCAACAGGUAAUUGGACAAUUACUGGUAGCCUGAAUCGUGCACGACAUCUGCGCACAGCAUCAGUGUUAACAAAUGGAAAAGUCUUAGUUGCUGGUGGAGCAGGUGAUCGUGAUACUCAAUAUAGUGCUGAGUUGUAUAAUCCAUCAACAGGUAAUUGGACAAUUACUGGUAGCAUGCAUUAUGGACGAGAAUGGCCGACAGCAUGCAUCUUAAAAAAUGGAAAAGUCUUAAUUACUGGUGGAGCUUUUGGUGAUUAUAUGAAAACUGCUGAAUUGUAUGAUCCAUCACUAGGUAAUUGGACAGUUACUGGUAGCAUGUAUUAUAGACGAGAGUGGCACACAGCAUCGGUCUUAGCAAACGGAACAGUAUUAGUUACUGGUGGAUACGAUGGUAAUGUCGUUCCAGAUAGUGCUGAGUUAUAUAAUCCAUCAACAGGCAAUUGGACACUUACUAGUUAUAUGAAUGAGCCACGAUCCGAUCAUACAGCAUCUGUAUUAACAAAUGGAAAAGUAUUAGUUACUGGUGGAUGUUAUGGUGAUUGUGGGAAUAGUACUGAAUUGUAUGAUCCAUCAACAGGUAAUUGGACAACAACUGCUAGCAUGAAUAACGGACGACGUGAUCACAGAGUAUCCGUCUUAACAAAUGGAAAAGUAUUGGUUACUGGUGGACAUCUUAGUGAUAUCUAUCUAAAUAGUGCUGAGUUGUAUGAUCCAGCAACAGAAACUUGA